AUGGCUAGGGCUCUUGCUUGCUGCUACGUGACGCGCGAAGCUCUGGCAGCUAGCACUCAAAGCCACCAACAAACAACACAGCACAGAGUUCCAAAGCUGCUAGACUCGGCCCCAGAUGUACAAGCUCUUCCGCUAGACGAUCAGCUCGCAUUCAAAAGCUCUCCACGCAAGGCAAAUGUUUAUAACUGGCUCUACUCGUCAAGGAGGCUCCGGCGUAUCAGAAUCACGUACUUCGAUGCCGGGAGAGCUUGCCAAGCGCUCAAUGCCUUGCUCUAUCCAGACAACAGAUUUGCUCUCGUUUGGCGCGAACAAGAUCCUGUGCGUGGUAGAUUUUAUACCACUCUUUCAAGAUCAAGGCUACUUGGAGAAGUACAUUCGUCCGCUCGCGUUGCUUCGCCAGCCUUUUGCAGCACGGUGUUGAGCGGCGGAAUGUACAGAGUUUAUACGCAAUAUGUCGCAACAUACUUGAAAUCUUUGCAUUCUUUGGAGCCAAAUGAGGAUCCAAGAUUUUGUGUGAAAUGCCACGAGAAACAAGCUGCUUACGACCGCUACCUGGCAGAUCGAGAUCCCGCUUUCAAAGUUUUUAGCAGCUACUUUGGAAGCGAGGAAUCAGCAUUCCAUGCCACAAAGCCAAACAGCGCCAAUGAAACCAUCUCUCUUUAUUUCCAAAACUAA